GCGUCUAGGAUUCGGGCUUUGGUGUUACGGCUGCAGCGGAACCUUCGGCGUCAUUUCUACGGGUGGGCAGCGGCGAUGGAGUCGGGUGGCAAGUUCCGCUCUGCGCUGCGGCUGAUGUACCUCGAGUUCGCCGCCAACACGGGCAUCCACGGUCUAAAGUACAUCACCGAGGACGGCCGGCGGCCUUUCGAGAGGGUGCUGUGGGCGGUGGUGGUGCUGCUGGGCGUGAUCGGCGCGGCGUUCAUGGCCAACAACUUCUGGCAGCGCUUCUCGGAGAGCCCGACACGCGCCAUCGUCGAGACCAACCACUACCCAUCCUACCGCAUACCCUUCCCGGCCAUCACACUCUGCAACGCCAACGUCUUCUUCCGGUCGCGCGCGCAACAGCUCGUACAGUACCUGUCCAGGGAGAGCAACAUGACGGAGGCGGAGGUGUGGCAGGGCCUGGAGAGGCUGCGGCAGCUGGUGGCGCCCCGGCCAGAGGGCGAGCUGGAUGCGGAUCAGCGCAGGCUGGCGGCAGAGAUGCAGGGGCUGCUCGACUCCAGGGGAAUCACCGUCGAGGCCGCCGUCAGACAGAUGAGCCAGCCGUGCGACCAGCUGCUGGAGGGUUGCAAGUGGAAGGGUGAGGAGACUUCUUGCCACAAGCUCUUCACUUCGCGACUCUCUUACCUCGGCUUCUGCUGCUCCUUCGGCUACCGUGGAGAUGUCCGCGUCACCGACAGAUCUGGAAAGGCACAGGUGGUUCGCUCCAAACAGUACCUGCACUACACGCGCUACUACAGCCACCGCAUGGGCCUCACCGCGCUGCUCAACCCACAGCUGCACGACUACUGGGUCAACUCACUCUUCUCCAGUGGCGUCAGGAUGCUGGUGCAUGGGCCAGACGACUUCCCUGAGGAUUCGCUGCUGGAGAAGGUGCUGCCCCCGGGCCACGAGCUGCUGCUGCGUCUGUCGGCCACGUUGUCGUACUGCACACGCGCCGUGCAGUCGGUGGCGCCGCAGGUGCGCGGAUGCGUCUUCCCCGAGGAGCGCCACCUGCAACUCUUCUCCAGCUACAGUGCUGCCAACUGCCUGGCCCAGUGCCGCGCCAAUGCCAUCGUACGCCUCUGCCACUGCAUGCCUUUCUACUACAGCAGUGCCGGUGACCACAGGGAGUGUAAUUUACGUGACAUCCCCUGUCUAAACAAGUAUUAUUAUAUGCUGCGAACUCGCCGUCACCUGGAUGAGAGUCCAUCAAAGCAAAUGAAUGCCUCAAUUGCAUGUGACUGCCCCUCGCUGUGCAAUGUUGUAGAGUACGAUGUACAGUACUCAAGUGGUGACUUUGAAGCCAGUCAGUUCAUGCCUGAUGAGUUCUUUUCUGGAAAAAAUGUUACAGGAAGGAUAUUGUUCCACUUUUACUUUGGCAGUCAUGUGUCAACUCGAACCAGACGAGACAUCAUAAGUUCCUGGAAUGAUUUGCUUUCCUCGCUUGGAGGAAUCUUCAGCUUGUUUUUGGGCUGCAGCUUCAUGACAGUCAUUGAGCUACUGUAUUUCUUCACACUGAGGCUGUUUCUACACAUGAGGAGGUUCAAUACUGUCGCUCCGAGACCCAGGAAGAAAAUGAGAGUGGUGAAUCUCAGCUCAAAGGCAGGCCAGCAAGAUGUCUUCACCCUACCAGUCCCACUGGACAAUGACAACAUUGUGAAACAUCGUUUCUUCUGACUGGAAACUCGUCACUCAUUUAUUUUUGUGUAACAUCUGUGGUGACUAAGAGUGUGUGUGUGUGUGUGUGUGUGUGUGUGUGAGAGAGAGAGAGAGAGAGAGAGAGAGAGAGAGAGAGAGAGAGAGAAGAGUGUAUACUGUGAUUUUUAAUUCAGUACUGAUUGUGAUAAUUUUUGUACCUGCAUCUGUGAUACAAAAAUAUACAGAAGAAAUAAAAAGCUGAUUAUUGAAUAUAAUGCAUACAUAAUACAGAAGCUUGUCUCCGUCAAAUAGAAACCGAUAUAGAAUGUCAAAAAUAAAUGGUACUGAAGAAGUCUUGUGUUAAUAAACUGUGCCAUCAAGAACAGAGUUCAUGGCUGAUUCACUCACGUGUAGUGUCACAAAGUUAUCAUAGUACAAUAAAUUAGUCAGAUAUUAGUCAAGCAGUACAAUAGAAGAGAGA